AUGGUCAACAGUAUAACCAUUGUGCUGCUCAGCGGAUUGGCCAUAAUCAGUGCCUCUCAGUCGAAGGACAAUGGAAUCCAGCUGAGACAGUUCCUAAAGACCCCCACGUCCUAUUUUUUGGAUUUUGAUAUAAUGGAAGGACAAACUGGUAGUACAGAUGACGAGAAAUGCCUGGCAGAAAUGGCAAUGGUUGUGGAGGGUCUAAAAGCGGGAAACUACUGGGCACUAAAAAUGAUUGAUUCUUGGGGAUCCUUGCCCUCGGGUCUGCUUUAUGGCACCUUCUAUGAUCUGGGCAACUUCGACGAGUGCCUCAAGGUUCAUGAGGAGAUUAGCAACAGUCAAACCAUUCAGGGCAAGUAUUGCUUCUUGGCUGUGCCCCUCAAGGAUAUCAUAGACACUGGAAUCAAGGCUUUAGAGACCAUGCAGGUCAAGAUUGCCACCUGUUUUCCCGCCUCCUGUUCGGCCACCCAAAUGGAGAAAUUUGUGGGGCAAUUGUAUCAAAAUGCUUUUAACUCCAGUGACAGUAGUUUGAAUAUUAGUAUCGAUGAAGACGGCUGCCAGACAAGUGAAACUGAGCCCUGGGAUUGGCUUACUGUUUUCACAGUUGUAAUUUUAUCGCUGCUGACUUUAAUAGUGGCUUUGUGCACUCUCUACGAUUACUUUUUGUGUACUGAUCAAAAGCAACUUCCAGCUUUAGUGAAGAUUAUAUCAGCCAGGGCUAAUUCCCGAGCUCUUUUCCGCGUGGUGAAUGACACCUCCAACCCGAAUGUGAUCUCCUGUCUAAAUGGCAUUCGCUGUCUUUCCCUCAUCUGGGUGGUGUAUCUCCAUGAACAUAUGUACUCCCUGAUAUCACCAAACAUAAACUUUGUCCAUGCAAUUUCGUGGAUGGAGAAACCAUUUGCCAGCUUUUUCCUGCAUGGCUAUUUCUCAGUAGAUUCGUUCCUAUUCAUUGGUGGUCUUCUAGUAUCCAUGACAGCCUUGAGGUCUAUGGAAAAAACUAAGGGAAAACUAAAUGUUCCCAUGAUGUAUCUACAUCGCAUUAUUCGGAUUCUUCCUGUCCUGGCCAUGGCCAUCUUGGUGUACAUGAAGCUGAUGCCAGUUCUGAGUGGAGGACCCCUAUUUAAGAGUGGUUUCCAUGGCAAAGAGGCUUGUCAGAAUGGUUGGUACUGGGACUUGCUCUUUAUCCAAAACUAUGCAACGGAGGAUUGCCUAGAUCAGUCUUGGUAUCUGGCAGUGGACAUGCAACUCUACAUCAUCUCCCCGCUCCUGCUGAUCGCUCUUUACAAAUGGGGCAAGAAGGCGGCGGCUGGCAUUUUGGUGCUCAUUGUGCUUCUCUCAGGUUGCCUGUUUGCCACGCAGAUGGUCAAUCACUACUCGAUGAUGCGCAAAAAUGGUGGAGGAGACCCGGAGGCCAAUGCUAAACUGUAUCUGGCUACUCACACACAUGCUGCUCCCUGGCUGAUUGGAUUCCUUUUCGGCUAUUUCCUGCACCUAAAUCGGGGAAAGAAAUUCGAACUCAAUAGAUUAGUUGUUUGGGGCGGUUGGUUCCUUAGCCUGGCCAUGAUCUUCACUUCGAUAUUCGCCCUCUAUCCGGCGGGAAAAUGGAGUGCUCCUGCUUUGUCCACGGUGGAGGAGUCUCUGUACUAUACCCUUACUCGGGUGGGUUGGCCUUUGGCCCUCUGUUGGAUCGUCUUUGCCUGUAUGCAAGGAUACGGAAGCCUGGCGAACAGUUUGCUCUCCUCGCCCCUGUGGCAGCCCCUUUCAAGGCUCUCCUACUCCAUCUUCAUUUGGCACAUGUUUGUCCAGGAGGUCAACAGCAGGAAUGUGAGAACCAGCACUUACUUCUCGAACUACAAAGUGAUGCUCAACUUCUGGUCGGACUUUGGCAUCAGUCUGGUGAUGUCAUAUCUUUUAUAUCUUAUCAUUGAGGCGCCGAUCGGGGGUCUUGAUGCCCUUUGGCGGCCCAGAGGGAAUCCAAAGCCAAUUAAAACUUUAGCUGAAACUCCUAUGAAUCAGACUGAGACGAGAAAUCCAGACAAAGCAACUCCAGCAUAG